AUGGUAAUCUCCGAAAAAGAGAAAUCCAAUAUUAAAUGGAUAUUAAUCUCAGCUAACCCAGCACCACUUGAAUUUUACCGACAUCUGAAUCGCAAGACAAAACGUGAUGCCCACGAUGCAUAUCAUUUAGCCCUCUCAACGAUUUUAACGAAAUCAAAAGGUGUUUGUAAAGAGAAGUUAGAGAUGCUUAAAGAAAUUCAGAAAAAAUGGAAGAAUGACGAUUUCAAAAAUGACUGGAAUAAAUAUAUCGCAGAAAGAUCAGCGGAGUCUAUUUAUUCGAGUUACAAGGUCCAAAGAAGCUACAAUUAUGAAGUUUCCUCCUGUUCCUUACCAAAACGGAAGCGCAGUGGUCCAUCUACGCCUGACAAGCCAGUUAUUCAACCAUUAAAACAAUUAUACCCUCAGGUUUCGUUCACAAGAAGGGCAAAAAUUGUCAAUGACAAACUUCACAACGAAAACUUGGUGAAAAAUGACUCGAAUCAGUUAGAAGAGUCAGAAAAUGACGAUCAGAUUGGAAAGCAAGGUAACCAUAAUGAAAAUGAAGAGAAUCGUGAUGACCAUGGUAAUCAGGAUCAAGUCGUUGCU